AUGGUGGCGCCGGACGUGAAGGCGGAGACGAUGAAGCUGAUGGAUCAGCGGGGUGGCCUGGAGGCGGAGAUGGACGCCAUCAUCGCCCGCCUCACCGCGCCCGGCGGGCCGGGCAUCACCGGCGGUCUCGUCGACGCCGAGGGUUUCCCCAGGUCCGACAUCGACAUCCCGAGCGUGCUCGCCCAGCGCCGGAGGCUCGCUGAAUUGCGAAAUGAUCACAAGGAUGUUACAAAUAAAAUUGAUAAAAAUCUGGAGAUUUUACACUCAGCAAAGUUAUCAAGGAAUGAGCAAUCAACCUCGAGGAGGUCUGAUACAACAGGUCCUUCACACAUUGGAUCAACUCAAAGUGAACCUAUGGAAGAGGACCAUGUGACCAAACUUCCUUUUGCCAUGAUUGAUGAAAUCACGGAUGGUUCUCCUGCUUCUGUGGAUGGUUUGCAACUUGGAGAUGAGAUAGUAAAGUUUGGGAAUGUGGAAGCUGGUGACCAAUUGCAGGAAAGGCUCAUCUCUGAAGCUCUUUCCAAUGAGGACAGUCAAGUAUCUUUAGUCAUCAUUCGCCAGGAAUCAGCAAUGAAUUUAACAAUUACACCAAGAAAGUGGCAUGGAAGAGGACUUCUGGGUCCUUUUGAAGAACUUUAUGGAUGUGUGUCUUCUAGCUGUGGCUGUUGUGUUUAUUUGAUUGUUUUGAUUGCCAUGGUGCCAUUUUCGGAUGCUAUGAAGAGUCAAACACUCUUCUGCAGAAUGAGCUGGUCUAUUAUGUUUGCACUUGUGGAGACGGCUCUAGCAAUGGUAUUUCAGCCGCAAAGUGAACUGAUUUAA